AUGUCUCAGAAAAUGGAACUGCUGAUGCAUACGUUGGUUUUUAUAAAUUACAUUUGUUAUGUCCUCCUCGCCGCCAGCGCCAUAUACAGAUUACUCGUAUUCCCGCUAUUCAUAACUCGGCUCUCCAAGAUUCCUGCGGCACAUCCUCUAUGUAAUGUUACCUCACUUUGGAUAUACUACAUUCGUUGGGCCGAUAUCGAGAACCGGACAAUCCAACGUCUCCACAAGCAAAAAGGUCCAAUCUUGAGGAUAGGGCCAAAUGAGCUGAGCGUCAACUGCUAUGAGGAAGGUAUCAAAACGAUAUAUGGAGGCGGUUUUGAGAAGACUGAGUUUUAUCCGAGGAGGUUUGCGAAUUAUGAUGGUGUCAUCAACAUUUUCACCACUCUUGAUAGCAAAUCACAUUCCCAUCGCAAACGCAUGGUUUCAAAUAUUUACUCCAAGUCGUUCAUACUUUCAUCACCAACAGUACAUACCACAAGUAAAGUAGUAAUAUACAAACGACUGCUCCCAUUGAUCCAGCAACAUGCCACAACUGGAAUUUCGAUUGAGACUCUAAGUCUGAAUUAUUCUUAUUCAAUGGAUGCCUUCACGGCUUAUCAAUUCGGGCUUGGGCUCGGUACAAACUUCAUCCAGGAUGUCAAAACCAGGGAUUGGUAUCUGGGAAAUUACUUCGCUAUUCGUCCUUAUAUGUUCUGGAUUGGGGAUGGAUACAAAAUCUGGAGCUUGCUUAUGAGAAUCGGCGUCAACAUCAUACCAACAAAAGUCUUGGACGCUUUUCCUGAAAUCCAAGCUUACAAUCUCGAGCUGUGCGAUAAGGCCGAGGCUCUCCUGUCCGACGCAAGGGCUCUUUCCAUAGAAGACGUUCCCGUCAUUUACUCGCAAGAAAGGUCAGCCAUGCGGAAAGAUAUCGACGCAAAGCGAUUUCAGAAUCCUCAUUUUCUCAAGACAGAGCAAGAUUAUCCGAGAAGGUUGGAGAUUGCAAGUGACAUGUUUGAUAUGAAUGCAGCUGCGCUCGAAACAAGCGGCAUCACUUUGACAUACUUAUACUACGAACUUUCGCGACAUCCAGAACUUCAAACCAAACUGAGACAGGAGCUUCUGACACUGUCGCCUACUUUCAGUUUCCCAGUUCCAGAAGGCCAAGAACCAGAACUUCCAGACUCAAAAGAGGUAGACCGCUUACCCCUUCUCGAUGCAAUUUUGCAAGAAACACUUCGACUUUAUCAAGCGGUUCCAGGUCGUCAACCUCGAAUUACUCCAGCGAAAGGAUGUACACUAGCAGGCUACUCUGAUAUCCCAGGUGGCGUGGUGGUUCAAUCUUACGGCUCAGUACUGCAUCGAAAUCCUGCGGUGUUCCCCGACCCGGCAAACUGGAAACCGGAGAGAUGGUUGAAUGCUGGCGAAGAGGAAUUGAAGGAGAUGAAAAGAUGGUUCUGGGCUUUUGGUAGUGGUGGGAGGAUGUGUGUUGGCACCCAUGUGGCUAUUCAUAAUAUGAAAAGUGCUAUUGCCGCCAUUUACACUAACUACACCACUACCGUGGUUUCUGCUGGAGACAUGGCACAGAGUGAUGGGUUUAUGGGUGAUCCGGUCGGAAAGAAUGUGGUCUUGCAGUUUUAUCACGUCUGA